AUGCCAUCACAGAUUGACGGAUUAGUUGAGCAAGCUCAAAAGGCACUCGAGUCAUGCGAGCCAGGACUAGCAAUAAAGUUUCUUCAAAGAGCAAUCCAAGUCAUUGGCACGCCUAGUCCAUCACAUUCCAUCCAGUCUAUCGACCAUGCAAAAAUAUACCAGCUUCUUGGUUGGGCACAUAUGGAAAUUGUCAAUACACUGACAAACGAUACUCCAGAUUGUGUAGAUGUUCCCACAGAAAUGGAUUCAGCUAAACAGGCAUUUCUUCAUGCGAUUAAACUUGCACCCAAUCAGGACUAUUCGACCUAUUUAUAUCUUGGCCAAUUGUCGAUUGGUAAAGAGUCGAUUGCAUUUUAUGAGCUAGGCGUUCGGCUGCUUGAUUCUAAAAUCAUCGAGUGUAAAGAUCAACAAGGGAAUGAUGAUCAUCUGCAAUCAUUACAAAACAAGAUGGGGUCUGCACUAUGCUCCAUGAUUGAGAUUUACAUGACAGAUUGCUGUGAUGAGCCAGAGGCAGAGGAGAAAUGUGAAGAGUAUAUACAGUAUGCAAUCGAAAAGAACCCAACUAAUCCAGAAGUGUUCCAGACACUAGCAUCUAUCCGAUUGUCGCAAUCUAGACCUGAUGAGGCCAAAGUAUGUCUUGAAAAAAGCAUGGAUUUGUGGUAUGUUGAACCCAAUGACGACGAGCCUUUUGUUGCGGAUCCUAAUUGGCCAGCACAUCCACUACGAAUCUCAUUGUCUAAAUUACUGAUGGAAACCAAUCUUCACGAACGAGCCCUUGCAGUGUUACAAACGUGUCAAGUGGAGGAUGAUGAAGAGCCAGAAACAUGGUAUUUGUUUGGAUGGUGUUAUCGACAAUUGUCUGAAAACCAGCCAGAGCUUAUAGAAGACUCUAGUGCAUGCUUUGAUAGUGUUAUUGGGCUAGAGAAAAGGUAUCCAGGAUCAGUGGAUCCUGCUAUGCUACAACAUAUUUCAGAGUUAAUGAAUGCAAGGGUUUAA